GUCGCUCGCGACUGCAACGCGCGCAAACGACUUCACUUUCACCCACGCCUCUACACACGCCCAAGCUCGAACCGAUUAUUCGCGCUGACAGUUCCGGACGACUGAAGCUAUUGUACCGGAAAUUACCACUACCUGUGGGCGGCGGAGGGGAAGCUUACGCAGCGGCCAAGAUGCCGAAGAAAGCCAUUGACGCGCGGAUACCCGCGUUGAUUCGCAAUGGCGCACAGGAGAAAAAACGAAGCUUCUUCGUGGUUGUCGGCGACCGCCAGAAAGACGUAAUAGUCAAUCUGUACCAUAUCCUACUGAACGUGGACGUGAAGCUCAACAAAUCAGUCCUCUGGGCAUACAAGAAGCAGCUUCUGGGCUUUUCAAGUCACCGCAAGAAGCGCGAGAAGAAGAUCAAGAACGAAAUCAAGCGCGGAAUCCGAGAUGUCGAUACCGAAGACCCAUUCGAGCUAUUCGUUUCGACGCAAAACGUGCGAUACGUGUAUUAUAAGGAAACAGAGAAGAUUCUGGGUAACACCUACGGCAUGUGUAUCCUGCAGGAUUUCGAGGGAAUUACGCCGAAUCUGCUCGCCCGAACCAUUGAGACGGUAGAAGGAGGGGGGCUCGUUAUACUGUUGCUGAAGGGCAUGAAUAGCUUAAAGCAGCUGUACACUCUAUCGAUGGACGUCCACUCGCGAUAUCGGACCGAAGCGCAUAGCGAUGUGGUUGCGCGUUUCAAUGAGCGCUUCAUAUUGUCGCUCGGGAAAUGCGACUCGUGUUUGGUGGUCGACGAUGAGCUUAAUGUUCUGCCCCUCUCAGGCGGCAAGAACGUAAGGCAACUACCACCGCCGGACCCGGAAGCUGAAGGCAAAACACCAAAGGCGAAGGAGUUGGAAGAGAUUAAAGAGUCUCUGGCCGAUGCACCACCGAUAGGAGAUCUUAUCAAACUUGCAAAGACCGUGGAUCAGGCGAAAGCACUGCUCACAUUCGCUGAUGCGAUUUCGGAGAAAACACUGCAGAGCACCGUCACAUUGACUGCUGCUCGUGGUCGCGGAAAGUCUGCAGCAUUGGGUGUGGCUGUGGCUGCCGCGGUUGCACAUGGCUACAGCAACAUAUUCAUCACAUCGCCGAGUCCAGAGAACUUGAAAACCCUCUUCGAAUUCAUUUUCAAAGGUUUCGAUGCGCUAGGAUACAUGGAUCACCAGGAUUACACCAUCAUGCAAUCAACGAACCCAGAUUUCAACAAGGCCAUCGUACGCGUCAACGUGCACCGACAGCACCGACAAACCAUUCAGUACAUUCAGCCCCAGGACGCAUACACUCUGGGCCAGGCCGAACUGGUGGUUAUUGAUGAAGCUGCGGCGAUCCCGUUACCUCUGGUGCGGAAAUUGAUGGGCCCGUAUCUCGUUUUCAUGGCAUCCACGAUCAACGGUUACGAAGGCACUGGACGAUCGCUAUCACUAAAGCUCAUUCAACAACUGCGAGAACAAUCUCGAGGACGGGCGAAUGGGGCUGAUCAUGUCAUCGACCGCUCGACAGGCAAGGAGUCGAAGGACGGCACCGAGACUUCAAUGGCCGGUCGCUCUCUGCGCGAAAUCACACUGUCAGAACCCAUCCGUUAUGCACAGGGCGACUCUGUAGAGCGAUGGCUCAACGACGUGCUCUGCCUCGACGCUACUCUCCCAAGAUCAAAGAUGAACACUCAAGGCUGCCCACAUCCAUCUGAAUGUCAGCUUCUCCAUGUUAACCGCGAUACCCUAUUUUCAUUCAAUCCAGCAGCAGAAAAGUUCUUGCAGAAGAUGAUGGCUCUUUAUGUCGCGAGUCACUACAAGAACUCGCCUAAUGAUCUCCAGCUCAUGUCCGACGCACCAGCACACCAGCUCUUCGUCCUUGUACCGCCAGUCACAGAAGAUAACAAGCUUCCAGAGCCACUCUGUGUUGUUCAGGUGGCUCUUGAGGGUCAGAUCAGCAGAGAAAGUGUGCUCAGCAGCCUCAACCGAGGACAGCGCGCGGGUGGAGAUCUCAUCCCUUGGAUCGUCUCCCAGCAAUUUCAAGAUGAGAACUUUGCAGGGCUUUCUGGCGCACGUGUCAUCCGUAUAGCAACGAGCCCUGACUAUACCAAUAUGGGCUACGGUUCGCGCGCUCUGGAGCUUCUUGUUGACUUCUACGACGGGAAGCUUGCCAGUCUUUCGGAGACUGAACCGAAAGAACUGGAAGGCAUGCGGAGAGUGACCGAGGAGGAGCUGGAGAGCGCAACCCUUUUGAAGGAUGAUGUCAAGGUCAGAGAGGCGAAGGAUAUGCCGCCGCUUUUUGCUCGCCUGCCAGAGCUCAAGGCUCCUCAGCUCGACUACGUUGGUGUGUCGUACGGCCUAACCCCACAGCUGCACAAGUUCUGGAAACGGGCUUCAUUCGUUCCUGUAUAUCUGCGACAAACGGCCAACGAGCUCACCGGAGAGCACACUUGCGUCAUGCUGCGGUCGCUCGAGACCACGACCUCGGACGGCAGCUGGGUGGCCGCCUUCGCCAAGGACUUCCAGAAGCGCUUCCUCUCCCUCCUCUCCUACCAGUUCCGCACAUUCCCUGCCGUAACCUCUCUGUCGAUAGACGAGUCAGCAUCAGCAGGCUCAAAACUAGACGCCGAACUCGCCCCCAAGCCCGUCACCAAAUCCGAACUCGAUACCAUUCUCAGCGCAUACGACCUCAAGCGCCUCGACUCAUACGCCAACAACAUGCUCGACUACCACGUCAUCCUCGACAUGCUGCCCAAGAUAGCAGAACUCUACUUCACUGGCCGUCUCAAGGGCCAGGUCAAGAUGAGCGGCGUGCAGACGGCGAUCCUGCUCGCCAUCGGUCUCCAGCGGAAAGAAUUCUCUGACGUAGAGAAGGAGCUUGGCCUCAACAACAGCCAGUUGCUCGCCAUGUUCGUCAAGGUCAUCCGCAAGGUCGCGACCACGUUCCGCGGCAUAGUGGAAGGCGCUAUCGAACAGACGAUGCCCCAGGCUAUGGAGGUAGAGCACAACGGCGUCGCCGGCGAUGCUGCCGAUGCUGGGAGCGGUGCACGCUUCCAGCCGCUCGAGAAGGACCUCGACGAGGAGCUGCGCGAGGGCGGGGACGAGGCGCUGCGGGAGGAGCGCGAAAGGGCAAAGGCUAUGAUUGAUGCCCUGCCGCUUGGAAAAUACGAGAUCGGUGCUGGGGCCGCCGACUGGACAGAAGCGGAGCGCACUGUCCGCGACGCCGCAAAGAAGGGCGCAGGACUUCCCUCGACAAUCGCGGUCAAGACGGGCAAGGCAAAUAAGCGGAAGGCGGGCGAGGCGGUCGACGAGGCGUACAAGGAGGCACAGAAAUUCAAUGAGGGCGGGAAAAAGAAGAAGAGCAAGUUUGCGAAGGGGAAAUAGUGGGCUCGUAACGGGCGACGGGGUACAGGGGGGUGUUUAGCAUUUUGAUAUCCAUGGAGUACGAUGGUGAAGACAAUUAUGCAAUGC